AUGGCUUCACCCCAUAAAUCCUUCCUCUCAUCCCGCACCUUUGUCUUCAUCUCAGCCUUCCUCCUGCGUGCCGCCCUCCUCGUCUAUGGCAUACAUCAGGACUCGGUUUCCGCCCUGAAAUACACAGACAUCGACUACUAUGUCUUCACAGACGCUGCGCGAGCCGUAUCCAGGCAUUCGUCUCCCUACGAUCGUGCCACAUACCGAUACACUCCCCUUCUCGCAUGGAUUCUGCUACCUACCAGCUGGGGAGGACUGUGGUUUCAUUUCGGCAAGGCACUGUUUGCUCUGUCUGAUUUGAUUGCGGGAUGGCUCAUUCUUAGGCUUUUGAAGAGGCAGCGCUUGGAAGAGCAACGGGCUCUGAAAUAUGCCGCCGUGUGGCUUUUGAAUCCGAUGGUCGCAAACAUCAGUACACGCGGAAGUAGUGAAGGUCUCCUCUGCGUUCUGGUCAUGGCCCUUCUCUGGGCCUUUGAGACCAAGAAAAUCGUUUUGUCAGGACUGCUGCUUGGACUGUGUGUUCAUUUCAAGAUAUACCCUUUCAUUUACGGAGCGAGCAUGCUGUGGGCGCUGGAGACGCCUUCCUCAAACCCGUCGGCGGCAACGAAGUUGCAAGUCGCCCUUCAAUUCAUCAACAGGAGCCGCAUUUUGCUGCUCUUGACCUCGAUAUCAACCUUUACGGCUCUCAACCUGCUCAUGUACAAUACUUACGGCUUCCCAUUCCUCCAACACACGUUUUUCCAUCACCUGACUCGAAUCGAUCACCGGCACAAUUUCUCCCCGUACAACACCCUCUUAUACCUCUCUUCAGCGCAGGCAGCAAACCCGACGUAUGCAAAUCUGCGCUCAUCGAUCUCCUUCGAGUCCCUCGCUUUCAUCCCUCAACUCCUUCUCUCCACAAUCCUGAUCCCCAUCGGCCUGGCGAAGCGCGAUCUUCCAACCACGAUGCUAGCCCAAACCCUCGCUUUCGUGACUUUCAAUAAAGUCUGCACGUCACAGUACUUUCUCUGGUAUCUCAUCUUUCUACCGCUCCACCUGCCCAAUUCGUCACUACUCGCGAGGCCCCCGCUGGGAGUAACGGCAUUGGUGCUCUGGGUCCUCGGGCAAGCGGUGUGGCUGCAGCAAGGCUAUCGACUUGAGUUUUUGGGGAAGAGCACUUUUGUACCCGGCCUUUUCGCGGCAAGUCUGGCUUUCUUUGCGAUUAACUGUUGGAUAUUGGGGAUUGUGGUGGGUGAUGUUGUUGACACGUCCAUGGACUCGAAGAUGGCCACCAGUGUGGAAGGAGGGGACAGAAUCGCAUCCUCAUCGACAACGGCCUCUGAAGGGGGGUCAACCGCGAGCGUCUCUGAGCUUAAAGCGAGGCCAGUCCGUGACAAGCGACGUGGGAAUUCUAGUAUUGACACGAGCAGUAUUGCCAACGUGCAUUUGGGGCCGAGGGAUCGGGUGCUGAAAAGUAAUUGA